GGAAGCGCCCGUGUUGUGGGGCUCAGCUGGUUCAAACCCAGCGUCUUUCCAGCGCCGUGCUUCCCGCGGUCGGUGCUGCUCCGGCGGAGGCGCGAUGGGGGAGGCGGAGAAGUUCCACUACAUCUACAGCUGUGACCUGGACAUCAACGUGCGGCUCAAGAUAGGGAGUUUGGAAGGGAAGAGAGAACAAAAGAGUUAUAAAGCUGUUCUAGAAGACCCAAUGCUGAAGUUUUCAGGACUGUACCAGGAGACCUGCUCUGACCUUUAUGUUACUUGUCAAGUUUUUGCAGAAGGGAAGCCUCUGGCCUUGCCAGUGAGAACAUCCUACAAGGCAUUUAGUACAAGAUGGAACUGGAAUGAAUGGCUCAAACUGCCUGUGAAGUACCCUGACCUGCCCCGGAAUGCCCAAGUGGCCCUGACUAUAUGGGACGUGUAUGGGCCAGGAAAGGCAGUGCCUGUGGGUGGGACAACGGUUUCUCUCUUUGGAAAAUACGGCAUGUUUCGUCAAGGGAUGCAUGACUUGAAAGUCUGGCCUAAUGUAGAAGCAGAUGGGUCAGAACCCACAAAAACUCCUGGCAGAACAAGCAGUACACUCUCAGAAGAUCAGAUGAGCCGCCUUGCCAAGCUCACCAAAGCCCAUCGACAAGGACACAUGGUGAAAGUAGAUUGGCUGGACAGAUUGACAUUUAGAGAAAUUGAAAUGAUAAAUGAGAGUGAAAAACGAAGUUCUAAUUUCAUGUAUUUGAUGGUUGAGUUUCGAUGUGUCAAGUGCGACGAUAAAGAAUAUGGCAUUGUUUAUUAUGAAAAGGAUGGUGAUGAGUCAUCUCCAAUUUUAACAAGCUUUGAGAUAGUGAAAGUUCCUGACCCUCAGAUGUCUAUGGAGAACUUGGUUGAGAGCAAACACCACAAGCUUGCCCGGAGUUUAAGAAGCGGACCUUCUGACCAUGAUCUCAAGCCUAAUGCUACCACAAGAGACCAACUAAAUAUUAUUGUGAGUUAUCCACCAACCAAGCAACUCACAUAUGAAGAACAAGAUCUUGUUUGGAAAUUUAGAUGUUAUCUUACUAACCAAGAAAAAGCUUUGACAAAAUUCUUGAAAUGUGUUAAUUGGGAUCUACCUCAGGAGGCCAAACAGGCACUGGAACUGCUGGGGAAAUGGAAGCCCAUGGACGUGGAGGAUUCCCUGGAGCUACUGUCCUCCCAUUACACCAACCCCACAGUGAGGCGCUAUGCUGUGGCCCGGCUGCGCCAGGCAGAUGAUGAGGAUUUAUUGAUGUACCUAUUACAACUGGUCCAAGCUCUCAAAUAUGAAAAUUUUGACGAUAUAAAGAAUGGAUUAGAACCUACCAAGAAGGAUAGUCAGGGUUCAGUGUCAGAGAGUACAUCAAAUUCUGGAAUAAAUUCUGCAGAAAUAGAUAGCUCCCAAAUUAUAACCAGUCCUGUUCCUCCAGUGUCUUCCCCUCCCCCUGCAUCUAAAACAAAAGAAGGUUCAGAUGGUGAAAAUCUGGAGCAAGAUCUCUGCACCUUUUUGAUAUCAAGAGCCUGCAAAAACUCAACCCUGGCUAAUUACUUAUACUGGUAUGUGAUAGUGGAAUGUGAAGAUCAAGAUACUCAGCAGAGAGACCCAAAGACCCAUGAGAUGUACUUGAAUGUGAUGAGACGAUUCAGCCAAGCAUUGUUGAAGGGUGACAAGUCUGUCAGAGUUAUGCGCUCCUUGCUGGCUGCACAACAGACGUUUGUAGAUCGGCUGGUGCAUCUAAUGAAGGCAGUGCAGCGUGAAAGCGGAAAUCGUAAGAAAAAGAAUGAGAGACUACAGGCAUUGCUUGGAGAUAAUGAAAAGAUGAACUUGUCAGAUGUGGAACUUAUCCCAUUGCCUCUAGAACCCCAGGUGAAAAUUAGAGGAAUAAUCCCAGAAACAGCUACACUAUUCAAGAGUGCCCUUAUGCCUGCACAGUUGUUCUUUAAGACAGAAGAUGGAGGCAAAUACCCAGUUAUAUUUAAGCAUGGGGAUGACUUACGCCAAGAUCAACUUAUUCUUCAAAUCAUUUCACUCAUGGACAAGCUACUGCGGAAAGAAAAUCUGGAUUUGAAGUUAACACCCUAUAAAGUAUUAGCCACCAGUACAAAACAUGGCUUCAUGCAGUUUAUCCAGUCAGUUCCUGUUGCUGAAGUUCUUGAUACAGAAGGAAGCAUUCAGAACUUUUUUAGAAAAUAUGCACCAAGUGACAAUGGGCCCUAUGGGAUCAGUGCUGAGGUAAUGGACACGUAUGUUAAAAGCUGUGCUGGAUAUUGUGUGAUUACAUAUAUACUUGGAGUUGGAGACAGGCACUUGGAUAACCUUUUGCUAACAAAAACAGGCAAACUCUUCCACAUAGACUUUGGGUAUAUCUUGGGUCGGGAUCCGAAGCCUCUUCCUCCUCCAAUGAAGCUGAAUAAAGAGAUGGUGGAAGGCAUGGGGGGCACACAGAGCGAGCAGUACCAGGAGUUCCGGAAGCAGUGCUACACAGCUUUCCUCCACCUGCGAAGGUAUUCUAAUCUAAUUUUGAACUUAUUUUCCUUGAUGGUGGAUGCAAACAUUCCAGAUAUUGCUCUUGAACCAGAUAAAACUGUGAAAAAGGUGCAGGAUAAAUUCCGCCUGGACCUGUCGGACGAGGAGGCGGUGCAUUACAUGCAGAGUCUGAUUGACGAGAGUGUCCAUGCCCUGUUUGCUGCAGUGGUGGAGCAGAUUCACAAGUUUGCCCAGUACUGGAGAAAAUGAAACUGGGUUUGGUCCCCCAAGAAGCAACCUGUGUAUAAUGAAGACUUCAGAGUAACAAGCAAGCAAGAAUGUUUAAUCUUCCAGAUGCCAUAUAUCCUAAAUGUUACAUGGUGUCUGAAUCCCUUGAAUGUCAGUGCUUAUAUAUGUUCUUGAAGGGUUUUGUUUUAAAAUAUUGUAUAUAUUUAUUUUCAAAUAUACACAUUAUUAAUAAACUAGGAUGUGAGAAGCUAAUUCUAGGCUCAUGUACAUAUGAGAGUUUGGGAGAAAUUUUAUGCUCUGGAAUUAGAGGCCUGGUGCAUGACAUUUGUGCACUGGGUGGGGCGGGGGUCCCUCAGCCCAACCUGUGCCCUCUCACAGUCCAGGACCCCUUGCUUCUUACCACCCACCUGCACCCAGCAGAGGCGGGAGAGGCUUCUGCCACCGCCGCUGCGCUCACCAGCCAUGAGCCAGCUGAGCAGGACUCCCCCUGUGGGAGCGCACUGACCACCAGGGGACAGCUCCUGCAUUGAGCGUCUGCCCCCUUGUGGUCAGUACACAUCAUAGUGACCGGUCAUUCUGCCUUUUGGUCGAUUUGCAUAUUAGCCUUUUAUAUAGGACUAGUGGCCCGGUGCAUGAAAUUCAUGCACAUUGAAAAGGAAUUAGAGGAAAUAUUUUACUAUUGCUAUUUACCCUUUGUCUAUAAUAGAAGUGUCAGAGAUGAAAGAAAAUUAGUAAAAUGUAUAUGAAAAUAAUAUAUAAAUUUAUUUAUAAAUAAACAGUAACAAAAACAAAGACAUGAUAUACAAACAACAAAAACAUGAUAUGAAAACAACAAAAAUGGGCCUGGUAGGAAAGGCUCCCUCUGCUCUGCGAUUGAUCCCAGAGUCCCGGCAGGGUGGGCAGGGCCUCCCUGUGGGCGGAGGGAUCAAUGGUGGAGCCCAGGCCCGGUGGGAAGGGCCUCCCUCUCCUCUGCAACUGAUCCCAGAGUCCCAGCAGGGUGGGCAGGGCCUCCCUCUGUGCUGGCUGCCAUCAAUCGCAAAGCCCCGGCAGGGUGAGCAGGGCCUCCCUCUGUGGGGCAUCAAUCUGGGGUCCCUGUGAUCCAUCACCCUACAGAGGGAGGCCCAAGCCACCAGCCAGUGACACUGUGGCGGGUGGGCGGGGCCUGCCAGCUAUCUUCCCACAGAGGGAGGCCCUUCUCACCUGGCCUGGGCUCCAGCAUUGAUCCCUGCCCACAGGGAGGCCCUGCCCACCCUUCUGGGGCUCUGGGAUCAAUCACAGAGCAGAGGGAGGCCCUUACCACCAGGCCGGGGCUCUGCAAUUAAUCGCUGCCCACAGGGAGGCCCUGUCUGCCCUGCCCACCCUCCCAGGGCUCUGUGAUCAAUGCUGCACCGAGGGAGGCCCUGCCCACCUGCCCCGGGCUCUGUGAUGGGCCCUCCCAGCCGUGGCAGUCUGCCUCAGCCCUCGCAGUUGCGGCUUUGUCCGAAAGGACGUCCGGAAGACAUCUGGUCUAAUUAGCAUAUUACCUUUUUAUUAGUAUAGAUAGUAAAACACUAUAGUCUUUGAGUUUGAAAUAUCCUUUUUUUCCCGUUAUCACAUCAGGAGAGCAGUUAUAUGAAUUUGGAUUAAUGUCUCAAUUUAGAAGUUUUUUUGUUUUGUUUAUCUCUCCCUUCCCUUCUGUCUACAGUAUCUGUUUUUGCCUAAUUUACAAUACUUAAAGAUUUACAUGUUAUAGCUCAUUCUUUUACAGUUCAUUUUAAAUAAGACAUUCAUUUUCUCUUAUAAAUACUGGUUUUGGGUUGUUGUUGUUUUUUAAACUAUAGUUCCCAGUUCUCCUAGGUUGUAAAUACUGAAAGUAGGAUAUGAAAAUGCAGCCAGAAGGUAACCUGCAGCAGCCUUCAGUAUGGAGCCCAAGGUAUUUUUACAUAUACGUUUAAGCAUAAACUGUCUUUCUGAAGUAAAUCUUUUUUGAAUCAGCUUAGUUUUUAAAUGACUUUUGAAAUAGUUCCUCUGGAACUGUUAAUAUAUCUUCUCUGAUUUUAACCAAGUGAUUUUUUUGUCUUUUAAGACUAGAAGUCCCUCUAAUCCAUCUAGCUUUUUUGCCUCAUGCAACUUUGAGAAAAAGGAAUAAACAAAAACUGAGAAGAGCAAUGCAAUAAUAAUCCUUGCAAAUUAACAUGUUGCAUAGUCUUGUGACUUUGUUUUGAAAGGAAAAGAAUAGUUGAUUCUCUCGGUGCUAAAUAAAUAUUAAAUAUCAAGUGACAGAGGAGAUUAAGAAGGUUUACUUAAGUCACCAUUUCAGAGAAUGCCAUUAAUUAUAAUGUUUAUUUGUCCCUAAAUUCUCAUCUGUGAGUUUGUCUCUAGAGUGGAGUUACCACUUAGAAAGGAAGCAUGUAAUUAGGAGACAUCCUAGAGGCACAUGGACUGUGAUUUCUAUAAAGUACACAUGCAGAUUAGAGAAUUGGUAAAGAUGAAAAGUCCUUGGCAUAGCUUCAUAUGAGAGUUUAUGCCCAAACUAAUAGGCAAGCUCCAUUCUCUCCCUUGCUUUUUCCUUGCUUUACAUAUUUAAAUCAUUUUUGUUGCCUACAAGCUUUUAACUUAUCUCUAUUCUUGUUUUAGUUCUAGUUCAUUGGCAUCUUUUCCAAAGUUUUCUCAAAACAACCCUGUUGAAAGUGACCUCUCCAACCUUCUGAAUUCUUGUAAUUCUUUAAUUAUAGAUUUUUAAUUGGCACUUAAUAAAGUGGGGUGUUUUUGUUACAUUUGCAUCUCCUGUAGAGGAAAUAAGUGAGGGGACAGAGGAAAGGAUGUUGGGUAAAGGGAUGAUUUUUUUUUUUAACAUACACAAUAAUAGAGCCAUAAGAUGAUGGUAAUGAGUCAAAAGAAGGAAGAUUAAUACUGCAAAGGGGUCUGUAACUAAAGGAAUGAAACCUCCCAGGUGAGAAGGCAUACCAUUUCUGAGACAAUCAGAGAAUUUUGUUUUAGAUGGGAAGAUGAGUUCUGGAUCACCAUGCAUCCACCUUCUCUCCUAUAGACCUUUCCCUUACUGCCUGGCUAAUACCGUUUCUGACUCUUCCACCAGGGAGAUAAGGAGGGAGGAGAGUAAGGGGCCUAGAAACUCAUUACCUGAAAAGCAAUGCCCUGACAUAGCUGUGAUGUUCUGGUCCACUAAGUGUUUGAGGCUGUUUCUGGAGCAUGCAUACUUGGGUGGACUUCUAGAGGCUCCCGUAGGGACUACCAGUGGCCAGUGACUUUCUCUGGUCAGCGGCCUUGCCCUCAGUCUUCUCUUUGGCAGUUUGUUUCAAAAGCACUUCAUUUGCUGGAACCUUCCAUCAUCCCUGGCAGUUUUCUUACAUGGAAUUUUACAUAGUUCUAGCCCAGCUCUCUCUCUUGUGUUGGCCACCUCUAGUCCAUGAAAAAUUCUUAAGCAUUUUUUUUGCCUCACCAAAGCAGUGACUCGUCUUACUCUUCCUCCAAAGUCAUGCACUGACCUCUUGUCCUCCGAGUUUCCUAGACUGGAGCGAGACACCAGUCCCCCUGAGCACUCUCCUUAUGCAAGGACCCAGAGAGGCUUUACUUGUUGUCUCAUCCCCUUAAAACUUAGUUCCAGGCCUGGAUUAGAGAAGCCAGACCACAGGAGAAGCUGACUGAGAAACAGCUGGGCUCAGAAUCUCUCCAUCCCUCCAAUCCUGAGUAAAUGUCCUUGAACUAAGGACAUUUCUUCUCUCCCCUUUUCCUUUGACUGUGGUUCCCCUGAGUAAGCCACUCCAGAGACCCACUAGACUCGUAAAAUGAGGAUAAUAAUAGUCCCUACCUCAUAGUGUCGUGUGAAGGUUAAAUGAGUUAAUGCACGUAGAGCACUUACAACAGAUCCUGGCACGUAGUAAUUGCCAUGUAAGUAUCAGCUAUUAUCGUAAUUACUGUGCCACUCAGAUGAACCCUCUGGUUCAUCCCUCUGGUUCAGUGGGCUUGAGGCAGAGGGGUGGAGGUGGAGGUGGGAGGAACAAAGAACAUCAGUCUUGAACAGGAGACUUGGGACUAUAGUGGGCGACUUAAGUACUUUAGCUUUAUUAACUGGCCAGGAAGUAGCUAAUUAAAAACAGCAUUAUUGAAAUUUCUUUGAGCGAGGCUUCAUGAAGACGAAAUGUUGAAUUGUCAGAGUGGAAUAUUCAAAUUAUACGUUCACUGGAUUUAAAGAAGCAUUGAAGCCUGGUUCAAUAUAUACAGUAAUUAAUCUUCCAUUCAGUGAACUCGGAAAAAUUUUUAAAUCUUGGUUAAUGCCUCGAACAGUGUCUAAGUGACUUGACUGAAGCCCAAUAGGAAUGAGCAUGCCAACCCAUUAGCGCAGGGCAGUCAGCGUCUGCCUGUCAGCAGUUGAAUUUGCCCAGGUCAGGCACUGAAUUGCGAUUGUGUGGUGUCUUAGGCUACUGAAAGGUGCGGAGUGUGCAUACCCAGCCCAGGUAAUGCCUGGCAGUGAGGCCUCAACCCGUGCCACUAAAUGUGGGACUCAUCUGCAUACGUUCGCCCAUUCAGCAAAAGUCCUACCGUGUUUUAGGGUACCCAUCUUUUCCAACUUUAUAAAAUGAGCACAUUCUUGACAAUCUCAUAAAAGACCCCUCCAACCUAAACAAAGAAGCCCUGUGUUCAGUGUUUACCUGGUUUGCGUGUUCUUUCUACUCAUUUCAUGCCUGGGUUUCCCUCGGCUCCUGCUGGCUUCCUGUCCCAGAGCCUCACAGGCCAGUUCCUCCUUUACAUGCUCCUCCAGACCCUGCUGGCUGGGCCGCCUCUCCCAAUGGCUCCAUGUAAAACACGGAUGUUCUGCACAUUUUCAUUUAGCCUCAUCGAUUCCAUUGAUGUCUUGUCAGAUAUGCUGGAGCCCAAGGCCUCAUCAGCCACACAAGACAUCAGAGAUGGGCCCUCUGGUCUUUUGACUCUGAUUAUUCUUUAUUUUUAUUCUGAUUCAAGGCAUGGAAUUAUGUGGGGGGGGAGAGAAGGAAGGAGACAGGAGGGAGCUAGAGGUCAGUGCUCACAAAAACAAAAGAACAAAAGAACUGCAAAUUGGGACCUCUCUCCAUAGGCUCCUUCCUUUCAGAAAGUCAGUGCAAAACCAUCAUCUCCCAGGGACUUCUAGCUCAGGGCUGGCCUGUCCAAGGGAGACCUGCCCGGGCAGUCACUUGUCAGAUCAAUCCUAGGGCCACCUUUGUGCAGACAUCCUGCCUUCUCUACCUGGGCCCUCCCACUGCCUUCAGGGGUUUUACAUCUCAUUUAUUAGGGAGACAAAAAGGAAUGGUGGAUGGAGCCCUUGGGGAAAGCAGGAGGUCGCCCUGGGCUGCUGCUUCAGGGGUGGACUCUUGCUUGGCAAAUGUUUGACCAGGUUUUUGUUGUUAUUUUAAACUAGAGGCCCUGUACACAAAAUUUGUGCACAGAUGCGGUCUCUAGGCCUGGCCGGUGAUCAAACCACAAGCAUCUGGCAUGGAAGGGCAGGUCCCAGCUGACCUCUGGCCCCUGGGCAGCACCUGGGCCUACAGGCCCUCACACGCCCCCCUCGCCUGGGUCACGGCACUUGAGUCUCCACGUGGAGAUGCACUGAGUGCAGCUGGACACCGCGGUCCGGGUUGCAGCGUGGGCCUCUGGGCCACCCAGUGGCACCGCACAUGGAAGCUGGGCAGGCAGUGCGCUCACAAACCGGCUACUGUACAAACCCACAGGGACCCCAACCGGCCCCUGCGAUCCCAGCAGCUUCAGCCUGGCUCACCCAGAAGAGGAUGCAUGAGUGCAGGGUGGGCUCCUCACUGUGGCUUCCCCAGCGCGCAAGCCCUGGCGUCCCAGGGGAGGGUAGCAGGGGGAGAGCGAGCUCCGUGGACACCCUGCAUUUUCACUGUACCUCCAUCCCCGUCACCCCACCCCCAGGUAGCCCGCUGCCCAGGUGCUGUGGGAGGUUGGUCACUGCCACCCACCCCCAGUUCCUCGUCCCAGCCCAGGGCCCGGCCCCGAUCGGGCGAUCAGGGCCUACUGGCUGCUGGUCGCUGUCUGCGGGGUGGUGGAUCUGGUCCAGUUCCCCACCCUGUUCCCUCAGCACCUAGGAGCUGGGGAGCAGCCCCGCCCCCCACCACUACUGCUGGUCACCAUCUGUGGGGUAAUUGGCAGGACGAUUAGGCCCCCACUUGCACCUACCUUGGCCUGGUGCCACCCACUCACCUGCUCCACCAUCCCGCUAUGGUCCUGCUCUCGUCGGGGCCCAUAGGAGCCAGCAGUACCUCCACUGCUGCCUGCUGCCAGCACUGCGUUGCUGACGCUGACAUGUCCCGCGCCGCCCCCUGGUGGUCAGCGCGCAUCAUAGCGAGCAGUCGAACUCCCGGUUGAGGGGACAAUUUGCAUAUUAGGCUUUCGUUAUAUAGAAUUUUGUUUGCAUUUUUUUGCAACACAUCUAGAAUACUUUCUGAUAAAUCUGAUAAUCUGUUGGUUUUUAAAAUUCAAAUAUCGGAGGUUCCUUCAAUAUUGGAGUCUGGUUUGUACCUGAAGGUGGGUGGGGGUGGGGGAGUCUAUGAAUAAUAGAUGCAAUUUGUAACCAUCUAUGGAGCUGAAAAUAAAGUAGAUUGAGUGCGUGUGUGUAAAAACUCUGUAUCUUCAUCCUGUACUUAGAAUUUAGUUUUAGCUGAAGGUUGGUGCCUUUAUCUGACCUGUCAACAUUAUAGAUGAUACUGUAAUAUUUAUAAACAUAUUUGCAUAUCUUUUAUCAGAUGGGUGCUCUUGAUUUGGUGUUCCAGCUUCUAUUUGGAAAAUAAAUCAAUAUUUGAAAUGAAGAUGAAAAGCUCAGGGGGUAUUUUUCAUGCCAGUCCUAGGCUUUGCUUGCACUUGAGAUGUGUGACCUUUUGGGGUCAAUGCUGGGUAUAAGUAGUGAAAUAGGAGACUUCCCCCCCCCCCCUCUCUCUCUCUCUCUCUCUCUCUCUCUCUCAAUCUCUUUCUCUUUCUCUCUCGUUACCUCCAGGUUACAGGACUAAACUGUAUCCUAAUCCUCUGUGCUCUGCUGUCAUCUGGUUAUCAUGUAAAAUGCACCUUCCCCUAUUGAGUUUUAAAUGGACAUUUUUAAAAACUUAAGAAUCUAAGAUUUAAAGAAACGGAGUUCCUUAAAGAAUUUCUACAAUAAAAGCAAACCUGGCUGAAAAAGUG